AUGGCACGCUUUGCGUUGGCUCGUGCCACUCUAUUUUCUUUUAUCUGUAGCUGUUGGAAUCUUGUUCUAGCGGCACCUUCCUCUUCACCAUCAUUCACACCAAAGUCGUUCUUAUCCAUUUCACAUCCCACCCUUCCCGAGUACUUUAUUCGUCUUACUCAACCCGAUGCAGAGAUUUGUGAUCCAAGCGUAACACAAUAUAGUGGUUAUUUGGACGAGACAGCCAAAGACAAGCACUUUUUCUUUUGGUUCUUUGAAUCACGUAACAAUCCAGAAACCGAUCCAUUGGUGCUUUGGCUUAAUGGAGGUCCAGGUUGCUCAUCCAUGACAGGUUUAUUUAUGGAGCUUGGCCCUUGUCUAUUGAAUGAGGAUGGUAGUGGCACUGACUUUAACCCGUAUUCUUGGAACAACAAUGCCAGCGUCAUCUUUUUGGAUCAGCCUGUCAAUGUGGGUUACUCUUAUGGACCCGAUCAAGUGCAUGAUACGGAUUCGGCUGCAGAGGAUGUUUAUGCAUUCCUUCAACUUUUCUUUUCUGAAUUCCCAGAAUACAGCAAGCUUGACUUUCACAUUGCUGAUGCCGGACAUUAUAUCCCAGCCAUUGGAAAACGUCUUGUUCAAGAAGAUGCAAGCAACAUCCAACUCAAGUCAUUGCUCGUUGGAAAUGGAUUGGUAGAUCCUUUGAUUCAAUAUGGAUAUUAUGCACCCAUGGUAUGCGACAAGAAUGGUGCUCUUGGUUUGCUUAACGACCGAGCAUGUGAAAUGAUGAAAGACGCCUAUCCCAUGUGCAAGAAUCUCAUUUCAAUGUGCUAUGACAACCCAGCAAAUACGGAGGCGUGUGUUGCAGCAUCCGAUUUCUGUAAUAAUGCGUUACUUGAACCCUACUACUCUCAAAGUGGCCGCAGCCCUUACGACAUACGCAAAGAUUGUAGUCAAGUCGACGACUCGCUAUGUGACGACCAUCUUUCCCUCUUGCAAGAUUAUCUAAAUCGAGAUGAUAUCAAGGACGCUAUCAUUGGUGCAGCCGACGUAUCCCAACGGACAGCGACUCAAAGUAACAGCACCAUGUAUGCCAAUUGCAAUAUCCAUAUCAACUACAUGUUCCAAAGAGCAGGCGAUUGGAUGCGUCCCUAUGUGCGUGACUUGACAGCUCUCUUGGAUGAUCAUCAAUUGCGUGUGCUUGUGUAUGCUGGUGACCAAGAUUUUAUAUGCAAUUGGCUAGGAAAUAAGGCCUGGACAAUGGAGUUGGAAUGGCAUGACCAACAAGCUUGGCGUUCAGCACCCGAUCUUGAAUGGGGCAAUAAUGCGGGUCAACUACGCAAAACUCCCAGUGGUCAAUUUGCCUUUUUACGAGUCUAUGGAGCAGGUCAUAUGACCCCAGCCGAUCAACCAGAAAAUUCGCUCGAGUUUUUCAAUGCAUGGAUCCAAGAGCGCUUGAAUUAA